CAAGACCAAGACGUUUCUGGCCAUUCCGGUUCCGCCGAGAAAUUCCAAGCCCAAAGCAGGGGAAGCCGCGCCUGGGGAGCUCGGGAUUCCAUUGGAGUCUCAGCAGCAACAGCUUUCAUCGUAAUCGUAACCGAAAUCGGGUGCGUUUGUUGAUCUGCUCUUGGUGAUUCGAGAUAAUUGUUCCAUCUCUUUUCUCUAGUGAUUAUUUGGAUGUAAUUCGAUGAGAUUUUAGAAUCCGUCUUAAAGUUUUCUCAUCUUUGCAAUCUGAUGCCUCUGGAUUCGGAAGAAAUGAGUGUUGAUGCGGUUCAAAUUCUCUAAUUUCUGUGUUUAGUACAGAAAGAGAAAGAGAGAGAACCAGAGCCUUAUCAUCUUAAGUAAUUAUCUUUAGAUCGUGUUCUCCGAUGUAGUUCGUAUCGAUAUGCCCACUACUUUAUGUA